AUGAAACCUUCUUCUUGCUGGAUAUCCCCAGCUAAACUUCAUUUUUCAUCCGCUUCUGCGAGACCGGCGAAAUCAGCCGUAGUCCACAGGAUUUCGGGGUGGGCCCGAUACAAUGCUUUAACACAUCUUCAACUACCAACUUCAUAUUCAUCACCUUAUUCUUCAUGGCUUCGAUCUACUGCUGCUUGGAUGGCUGUUGCUCGUCGCUUUUGGGCAGCAUCCAUUCCUCAGUAUCCCUCCCGUCGUGUCGUAGUCCGACGCAGCGGAUUUGCCACUCUACUUUUUUGCAACAUUCCUCAGGCUGAAGCUCCAACAGCUGUCACCGUAUCUGUGGCUUCAUCUUCAUCAAAAUCAUCUUCUACUCGAAAUAGAUCCAGACCUGUUGCUAUUUUCGCAACAUCUAACUUAUUUUCAGAUAAUUUAGCUAGAAGCAUUUCGGGGUCUGGGAUUUCUUUUUCUUGGAAACCUUGCUUGCGUGCUUUCCACACGUCUAUCUCGCGUCAUUCCAAUAAACAACAAAGCAACUUAGCUGAUGAAGAUGAUCAGCAGCAAAAAUUUGUAAAUGUUCUUCCAGGAAAUACUAUCAACCAUUACUCGUAUUUCCCGCUUCCAAGGACACCUUCAAUCCAAUUGCCCAAACCCGCCGAUGAAAAACAUCUCCAAAUCCAAACCCCAUACCCCACUGAUAUUAAACACUACUACAUACCCGGCGGUCAGUCUAAAUUAAAAUCGCCCGAUAAUACCAAGUCGUCUUCUUCAAGUUAUUAUGAGUCCUGGAUGCCACGAAUGCCCGGGCGCCGACCAUCCAAAGCUGAGCUCUUAGCACGUGCCACCAGCACGCUUCAACGACUCAAUAUUCAUUGGAGAUGGGCUCUAUUCAAACAGGUACGACCUAUUACUACCGAUGACAUCAGCGCAUUUUUCUCAUGGAUCCUUGUUGGAAAUAUUAUUUGGAUUCUACUUGGUACUACAACGUUUUGUUCAAUUCUUCUUUUUACAAUGAACACCGUUUUUGCCCAAGAAUAUAUUGCUCAAGUGGUCGGUAACUUCAUUACAAAAAACACUGGACUCACUGUAGUUUUCGAAAAUGCAAUUGUUCCACACUGGAGCGAUGGGAAAAUCUCCUUUAAUAAAGUUUUCGUUUCACGUCGACCCAACCGCGGUAAUCAUCGUGUUCAAAAGGGUUCACAAGCUGCAGCUGCAGCCGCAGCAUCUAGUGAAAUCACUGAUGGUUCAUCUUCAUCUUCUGAUUCUCCCAAUAAACCUGUCGAUACUGGAAAUUAUACCCAAUUUGACCUUACAAUAGAUACCGUUUCAGUCACUCUAUCACUAUCCAAGUGGAUGAAUGGUGGCGGUAUUGUUCAAGAUGUUGAAGUCAAAGGUCUACGUGGAAUUGUAGACCGCCGUAUGGUCAAGUGGGAUCCCAAUGACGAUCCAGUAAACCACAAAAAUAUUCACAAGCCAGGAGACUUUGAGAUUGAGAACUUUAAAAUGGAAGAUGCCCUUGUGACACUUCACCACCCUGGCGGCUUUCGACCUUUCCGUGUCAGUAUCUUUAAUUGUGAACUGCCACGUCUCCGUAAGCACUGGCUAUUUUACGAUAUUCUUUCAGCAAACAAUAUGUCAGGCUCUUACGAUAAUUCUCUUUUCACUAUCCAUCCUCGCCAGCUGGAAAAUGUUUCUUCAUUUGAUUCAGAAUCUGAGGGAAAUGGUAAUCCUUGGCGCAAGGUGAAUCGCCUGCGUAUUGAUGGCGUCAACAUUGAUCACCUUAACCGUGGAGUCCAAGGUCCAUUUGGCUGGAUUGAAAGUGGUAAUGUCGACAUGAUGGCUGACAUUAUGUUCCCUGCGGAAGAAGAAAAUAUAAACUUUGCGCAGGUUCUUCGUGACAUCAAGGCGUCAUGGACUACAGGUAUCCAUCAAAUGACGGAUGCCCGCAAAAGUUCUCAUAAAAAGAAGAGAGGCUCAAAGAAGGACGACGAUGCAAGUCCUCUUGAAUGGAAUUCUAGUUUAAUUGUUCCAGGUGCUGAAUCCACAAAUACACCAACUGCAAACAAAUACAUUGUUUUAGAUUUGCGUGUCCAGCUCAACAAUUCUCGGGCUGUGGUUCCAUUAUUCACUACUGACUUGACUUAUAUCAACAAUGCACUCAUUAGGCCAAUUGUAGCCUACAUCAACUCACGCGACACAUACAUUCCCAUCAAUUGCCGUAUUGUCAAGCGCUACGAUGACUUUGAAGGUUCAUGGACCAUGUAUGAUUCUCGUCUUAUGGAUGACAUUAGUGCUGCCGUGUAUGAUGCUUUUGCCGCAAACAUUAUGGACGACGAGGCUCGUGCCAUGCGUAUGCGCAAAGUUGGGUUCUGGAGUAUGCAACUUGCACUCCAACUCUUCUUACUGAGUCUCGGUGCUAUUGCGUAA